AUGUGUCGUGAGGAUAAUAUGGGAAAUGGACAUGCGGAUGGGGAAACACUAAAACAUAUCAACGAUGUAGAUGAUAUAAAAGAUUCCACUGAAAAUAUGCAGUCGAGAAAAAAUACGAAAGAUUUACCAAUGUUUGAUAUUCGUGUUGAUAAUUUGUCCGGUGAGUGCCGCGCCCAAGGUCCGUAUUCUAGUUGUGCUGAAAUAACGGCCUGCACCCAACGCAGUGGCUACUAUUAUAUUUAUAUCCCGCAGUUCAGUAACGAAAGUUUCCUUGUCGAAUGUGAUGCCCAUACCGAGGGCGGCGACUGGACGGUUAUUCAAAGACGUGAGGAUGGUUCAUGUGAUUUCUAUCGCACAUGGGACGAAUAUAAGAUGGGUUUUGGCGAGGUGGAUGGAGAAUUUUUCAUAGGGCUGGAUAAGCUGUUUGCCCUGACCAAUUAUCAAGGACCCCAGGAACUGUUGAUACUCAUGGUAAAUGGUACCAACGAAGCUAAGGGUUAUGCCAAAUACGCUAGCUUCAAAAUUGCCAAUGAAGAAGAGAAUUAUAAACUAAUACGAACGGGGCAGUAUACGGGUACAGCGGGGGAUUCGCUGAGAUCUCACGUCGGUAUGGAAUUCACUACCAAAGAUGAGGACAAUGAUUUAUAUGCGGAGAAAAAUUGUGCAGUUUCUUAUAAGGGCGCAUGGUGGAUCGCCAGUGUCAUUUAA